AUGGCCACAGCAACCUCAUCCUCGGCUUCCUCGCACACCAGGAGCAAUCUUGGUCCGCUUACCACCACAUUCACAGCGCCAAGCUAUUGUGGCAACGUCAUUGCCGAAUGCGACUCGUGCGAUAAUGGAUGGGUUGCCCAAACGUGUAUAAAUAAUGCUGAAUAUGCCGCGGAUGAUACCGCAUGCUGGCCGUAUACAACAAGCGCAGCUCCGAAAGCUAACCCCCCUUUCAAGGGAUGGGGAUUCUAUUCCCCAGGUAUCGCCUGCCCAAGUGGCUACAAGCCGGCUUGUUCUUAUUCAGUCGGUCAGGAAGGAGGAUUCGAUUUCCAAUUUCAAAUAACAGCAUCAGAAAUAGCAGUAGGCUGCUGCCCAACUGGCUACACCUGUGGGAACGGCUAUGCUCAGACCUGUCGCUCUGUGGCUAGUUCUACGUCACUAUUGACCGGAAUUUGCCCAGGAGGCGGAAGUGCCAUCAACUACGCCUUCAAAACGAUACCGUUCCCCGUUGGUAGUUCCAUCGUGGCCAACUAUACAAUACAAGCACCACUUUUCCAGCUCGUAUACCAGCCUUCAGAUCUAACGUCCACUCCUCCGGGGUUCCCUAUGGCGACAGCAGCACCGACAAGUUCUCCCAGCUCCACGGAUGUCCAGAACAGCACGAUAAUUUCCGCGAAUAGCACAGGCACUCGUCUAUCAGCAGGAGCGGCUGCUGGAAUCGGCGUAGGUGGAGCGGUGGCCGUGAUGAUUGUUGCAAUAUUGUCUUACCUCUUAUGGCGGUCGAAACGGAAGAGCAAGACGCUGCCCACGGUUAUUAACAGCACGACCACACCAAUGACGCCGUACUCGUACUACUCGCAGCCGUACGAAGGCGCACACACACCUGCGCCGAGCUACGUUUAUUCAGAACUGUCGCCGGAAGAUAGUAGGAAACCACAAGAAUUUUCUAGUUCCACCACGGCUCCUGUCGAAUUAUCUGCUGCUGAUUCGAACUGGGUGCAAUCGCAAGCGCCGGGUGCCCAACUGCCUUCAGAGCUUGAGCACGUUUCCAGAGACCAUCAGAAAGUGUUAGGUCUUGGAGGCAUCGGACGAACGGCUGGCCAAUAA